UUGGUACGUUUUUUUCAUACGACAAGCAAUUUAUGAUUAAUAGAUUGUUUUCCCCUUCAACUUUUUUGGGGGGAAAGGAAAAUAAUAAGUUUUUCGGUAAAUUGCUUUUUCUCAACCGAGCCAUGUCCAAACAACAAAAAUUUGAAAAAGUUGCCCUUUUUAUCAACAAUUGUUUUCUUUUCAUCAAAAAUUAAAUGACACAUGUUUUCGUAUAGAGAAAUUACAAUUUUUCAACAAAAAAUAGUACAAAUUCUUGCCCCCUUUAGCGGCACAUAAGUUCGUCAAAAAAAGAAGGAGAAGGCGGACUGAUUUGACGACAAGUAGAAGACAACUUAUUCUUUUUUUGUCGCCUUUUUUCUACCCCUUCUUUUUUUGGCGAGUUUUUGAAUUGUUGUGUCGUGUUGUGUGGCGGCUCCCCUUCUACUUACUUUUUUGUGCCCUCGGGCCUUCUCUCUCUCCCUCUCUCUUUAGCUAUAGCUAUUCUCCCCUUAUUAGCCUCAUCAUAAGUUUUUUUGCUCGCUUUUCUCAUGGGGUUACUGUAGGGCUUGAAAUGAGGUGGGCGCGCGGCGGGGAAUUAGCGGAUUUUGAAUUAGUUAGGAUGAGCAGAACGAGAGAAAGAACUCAUUUAUUUAAUUCUGCACGCAAUUCGAUUAUUCUGACAUUUUUCGUUUGGAGGCUGUACUUUGAGAGGCUGGCUGAAUAUUUCAGAUCCUAAAGUGAAACAGUUGAUUUUCUGCUGUUCCAAAAUUUUGAGCUCAAAUCCUAGAAAUGCCACGUUGAAAACCUGAUACUUUUGUGCGAAAAGUUCACGUCAAAACUUUAGCGAAAUUUUCAUUUCGAAAAUAAUGACUUGAGAAUUUGGGUUGUGAAAAAAUCCACAGGAAAAUAAACAAUUUGCACAUUUUCAAAAUUGAAAACACUUGAAACUUCGCAGUUUUUGCUCUAAAAACAUAUUUCAAAAAAUCCACGUUCCAAAAUUCAAAAAUUAGAAUUUUUUCGAACUGAAUUUCAAAAUAAUUUCUUGUUCAGCUGAGCAAAAUUCAAUUUUCAAAAAAAUGUUUCGUAAAUUUCGUUACUUUUCUGUGCUUCCAAAAAGUUUUGACACCAAAAAAACAACGAAUUUGUGCCACGUGGAAAUUCAACUCAAAACUCAAAGUUUUUAUUUCGAAAAUUCUGCAAACAAUCUGAAACUCUCCAAGUUCAUCCACGUGGAAAAUUCAGAUUUUUCGUGUCGCUGGAGCACAUCCUGAUUUUCGAUCCUCAAAAAAUUCAAAUUUUUUUCAAAAUUUUUUUUGCUCCUUCCACUUCCAGGUACCGCCCUAAUUAAAAUUAAAAUGAAAAAAAAAGUGGAAAUUAAUUACAUUUUCUCACUAAUUUUCAUGAGAUGCAUCGAAAAAAGACUAAUUUCACGUUGACAAAUUUCACAUCCGAUUUUUCUUUCCAGCUCUUCGAAAUUUUUUUCCUUCUAAUCCUAAUUAAAAUCUCCACAGCUCUCUAUUUUGCUCCAAAAAAACUAGUAGAAAAAUAAAAUAAGAUUUUCAGCCUCGAAGAAAAAACUGGAAAUUUAAAAUGUAUAGAUUUUUUGCUUGGCUCUACGAGACAUUUUUUUUGGUUGGUUGAUAAGAAAAAAUAGUGUCAAAACAUUUUAUGUUUUUUUUUUGGGUAAAGUAAACAUUUUUUUUUUGAAAAAUUUCGCUGCGUAUUUUUUGGCGUGAAAAUGUUUAUAAAAUUUGGUGCCAAAAAUAAACUAUCUUGCAAAAAAUGGUGCUUUCUCAUAUUCAUAGUCAUUCUGUAACUCUUGAUCUUCUCUCUCAAAUCACAUUAGAUACUCAUUCAAGUACGCAGCCAAUUUAUCGAAUUUCUAUUUCCAGAUUAUUAUGAGGUUACUGUAGUUUGAUCCGGUGGCUGAAAAUCUAGGAAAAUGUUAUACAGUCAUGUGGCUCUUCUUAUGGUACGAAUUGUUGAGGUGGUCUCAAAAACCACCGUACAACAAUCAGCGAGAAUGUUGGUGGCUGAAAUUCAUGGAGAAAUUCAGGUGAGAAUGAAAAUCCACAAAGUUUGAGCAAAAAUCAACGAAAAUUUGCAGAUCGGUGCACUUUUUCCAAUUCACCGACAAAUUGCGGGUUCGGAGAGUUGUGGUGAGAUUUGGGAACAGUAUGGAAUUCAACGAUCCGAAAUUGCUAUCAAAACAAUCAGGGAAAUUAAUGAGAAGUUGCCGUUUAAGUUAGGCUUAAGUAUACGGUAGGUUGGGUGGCCUAGAAAGCCAAGAUGGAAAGAACUAGUCCCCGAAUUUGAAACCUUCUACUUUUUUCCUAUGAACAAGGAAUAUAAUACCAGUCCCUCUAGUAUAAAAAUAGGUCCUCGGAUUUUAGAAUCCUAAAAUUUCAAAUCAUGAAGAGGAGGGACAAGAAUUUUUAUAUAUCUAAAUUUAAUUCAAAACUCUAUAUUCAAGUUCAAAUUCGGGGACUAGAAUUGUCUCUCUUGAAAUCCUAGUCCAUCCUCAAAACCCCAACUUUUGUUUCAGUGAUUCAUGUUGGACCGAACGGAUAGCAAUGGAACAAACAAUAGCAUUUCUACGCGAAGGAGUCGCUCAAUGUUCUUGUUGUCAAACACCAGGUUGUAACAAGAAAUCAGUUCCCGUUGUAGCUGUAAUUGGACCCGGAAAAAGUUCGAGCACAAUUGCUGUUCAGAAUUUGUUGCAAGUUUUUCGAAUUCCACAGGUUGGAUAUUCGGCGACGACGCCUGAUUUGUCGGAUAAAGAACAGGUGAGGAGGGACGAGAUUUGGGUUUCUAGGCCAUGAUCGGGAAGAGCUAUAGAGGGACUAGGUUUUUGAUUUUGUGCUAGGUUUUCUAGGCCACGUCUUAUUUUGUGCUUAACCACGACCAUACAAGACGCCCUUUGAGUCAGACGCGAGACGACGAGAGUAUUUUGCAAAAAUAUCUCGAAAAUGAAUUUCGCUUCGAGAUAUUUUCAAUAAAACAUGUGUUCCUUGAAACAAAAUACGGUAUUUUUUCAAAGGGACACAUAUUUUCUCAACAAAUAUCUCGAAGCGAUGUCUUUCUCUGUCUCAGAUGACGUCAUCAGACCCCCGUCGUCUCUCGUCUGACCCGAGGGGCAAUUUUCUAUUGGAGUAAAUGGUCGUGUAACAAUAAAAUUAAAAUGUCUUGCAGUUCGGUUAUUUUCUUCGCGUCGUUCCAUCAGAUCGUCAUCAAGCUCAAGCAAUUCACCGCCUUCUGAAUCAUUUUAAUUGGACAUAUGUUGCCGUUUUAUAUUCAGCCGGUAAGAGUUAGCCUAACUAACUAACAAAGUAAAUAUAUCCUUUUUUGAAUAAAAAAAGAAGAGGGAGAAAAUAGCCGGCGGCGGCAGGAGGUUAAAUCGAAUUUAUCUUGAUUCUUUAUUUUUUGUGUUGCCGUUUUUUGUUGAGUUGAGGAUGAAAAAAAAGGAAAAAAGGAGAGGGUGUUAGUAAUUAGGUUUUUAUUCUGACGAGAAUAUAUAGAAGAUCAGGGACGAGAAUUUGAAUUCGGAAUUUUAGGUCAUAUAAAUUUUCCAGGAAACUAUGGAGAAAAAGGCUUCGAAUCGCUCGAAAAAAUAGUUGGCCGAAAUGAUUCGACAGUUUGCAUUGCUCAUUAUGAUAAAAUCAAAACUCUGGCAAGCGAUGAAGAAUAUCGAAAAGCACUUUUAACAGUUUCCGAUCGAAAAGAUCGACCACAAGUUAUUGUUUGUUUUUGUGAAGGACAUUCGAUGCGCAAAUUCUUCGAAGCUCAACGAUAUUUGGCAGCGAAAAAUAAGAAAUUCGAACGAUUUCAAUGGAUUGGAUCAGAUGGUUGGGCUGAUCGACAAGAUGUUGUUGAAGCAUUGGAAGAUGAAGCAAUGGGAAGUUAUUCGAUUAGAAUACAUGCACCAAAGGUGAGUUCAAAGAUGGGGUUUCGGGUAAAACAUUUAGAGUUCAUAGUUUUUUCAUUAUGCAAUUUUGGAAUACUGUAUCUUAUCUGAAUUUUAAGAAAGUUCCGAAGUCAAGUUACUGUGCCUGGAGAAUUUCUAGAUCUUUGAAUUUUUCAAAAUGAUACAUUUUUAGAGCUACAGCAAGCUGAAAAGAUUGAGCACAGUAUUCUGAAAAUUUGCCUGGAAUUAAUGAAUUGAUUUACAAAAAUCUGGAGCCAUUGAUCUUAAAAGUACAUAGAAUUCGAGCCCAAGAAAUGAAAACAAUCUGAUUUACAAAAAUCUAAAAGCCAGAUUUUGCCACUGAAAAUUUUCAAAAAAUCAAUAAAUAUUUGUAGGUUGCUAAAUUCCGUGAUUAUUACACCAAACUACAUCCAGAAAACAACACAAUGAAUCCAUGGUUUCGUGAAUUUUGGCAAAUGAAAUUCAAUUGCACAUUUGCUGUAUCAAAAGAGGAUAAAAAUAAUGAAAAUUUGCGAAUUUGCACGGGAGAUGAGAAUUUGGACGAAAAUUAUAAAGAGGAUCCGAAAUUAUCGCAAGUCGAGAAUUCAAUUCGUACUGUAGCAAGCGCUUUGGCAGCAAUGUAUAGAGAAAGAUGUCCAGAUAAUUCGACACUUUGCACUGAAAUGUUAUCCAAAAAUGGAACACUUUUAUAUCAGUAUUUAUUAAAUGUCACUUUUACUGAUUACUAUGAUCAGAAGGUGUAUUUUGAUGAACAUGGUGAUCCACCAGCUUGGUGAGUUGGCAAAAAGAAGCGAAAUAUUGGAAGAGUGAAAAUCUUUUUUGCAGGUACGAUAUUCUAAAUUAUGUCGGAAAAACAUUCGAUGAUUCUUCAUAUGCUGAAGUUGGCAGUUUUCGAUCGAUAAAUGAUUAUGGAGAAGAGGAACUCAAAAUGCAUACUGGAACUCUGUUUUUUGACAAUUCGACUUUUGUUCCACAAAGUGUUUGUAGUCAGCCUUGUGGAAUUGGACAAUGGGUGAGAGAUUUACGCGGGGUUUUUGAGAAAAAUUGGAUCGAACCAAGAUGACCUAGAAACCCGAAAAAUUCACAAUUUUACAUUUUUGGAGUUCUUUCAAAUUUUCAAAUAUUAGUUAGUUAGAAAAUUAUUGCUACCGAAGAUCUCGGUAUGAAAAAGAAUUUGAAUUCAUAAAAAUUAGGAAACGUAUUUUUUCCGGGGAAAUUUUGAAAAUUACAAAAAACAGUAUGGAAAUCAUCAAGAUAGCCUAGAAAACCAAGUACACGAUUAUGGUGGCCUAGAAAACCGAACCUUUUGCAGAAACGUGAAACAAUGGCUUGUUGCUGGAUUUGUGAAAACUGUCUCGAUCAUCAAUUCGUCAAUCAAACUACAAACAAAUGUCACAAUUGUACUCUUGGCUUCUGGCCAAAUUGGAAUCGAACAGGUUGUGAAAUAAUCAUACCAGAAGUCGUUUCGUGGACAUCUGCCGGACAUAUUAUGGCACUAUUCUUGGCGAUUGUUGGAAUUAUUACGAGUUUGGCGACGAUUGGCGUAUUUUUGAGACAUAAUUCGACACCGGUUGUGAAAAGUACGACGAGAGAAUUGAGCUAUAUUAUUUUGAGCGGAUUGGUUGCUUGUUAUGCGGUUUCGUUUGCUUUGCUGGCUACGCCAUCGUCGACUUCUUGUUUUAUUACCAGGUGAAUGAAGGGAGCGGGAGUGGGAGUGGGAAUAUGGGAAAUCGGAUGAAAAAUAAUUGAAAGUUGUGGAUUUUGAGGUAAUUUCUAGUUUUGAUCUUCUUUGAAUUCACGUGACAGAAUUUUUCAUUUCGAAAAAUUGGGACCAAAAACUGAGGACUCUAGAAUUUCGCAGUGGAAAUCCACAUGACAACAAUUGAGAAUUUUAAAUUCUAAUUUUUUGAAAAUUCGUUGCGCUUUUAGUUCCCGCUUUUUUUGACACCAAAUUUUGAUCGACAAAACCUUAAUCGCCACGUGGCAACAAACAUUCUUUUCAUUCAACAUAAAUCUUUAUUUUCUCAAAAAAAAUCACAUAAAAUACAUGAAAAUUCAUUAAAAAUAUCGAUUUUUCGCAAAACGUGUCAAAAUUACAACAAUUUGCAUUUGUUUUUGUCCUCAAAUGGAUUGACUUUUCCAUCAAUUGGUUGCAAAAGUGGAUCUUCAUUGUUGGCCGAAUAUUCCAAAAGUUCGGCCACCGAAACUGACACAUUUUGACGGUCCAUUUUGAGUUGAUUGCCAAGAGAUUCGACAGUUUUUUCGAGAAUUUCCGGCUUGUCCAUGAUUAGAAUCGGAAUUGAGUUUGAGCUCAGAGAGUUUCAGAUUUUUAGAAUGAAAUCUUCAGGGGAAAUCUGGGGAGGAGGAGCUAAGAAAAAAGAAAAUCACGAGUUUUUUUGUAGUUCUACUGCUAUACGAAAUACAAAAAAUGUCGAAAAAGGGGGCGCUUUUUGGACUUUUGGAAAGUGCACGAUGAGUAAUUCUGGGCCUUUCAGUAACUAAUUUGGCCACGUGGAUUCUCGAAAAUGAAAAAUUUACGUAGCAUUAGAAUUGGAAGGCUUGGGGAGGGAGUGUUCAAUGAUAGCUUGAACUUUGCUCUGGAUAGGCCUGGACUCGUUAACUAUAAUUUAAAAUGAUCUGGAAGCCCGAAAAAUAUCCAAGUCUUGUCCCCAAAUCUCGAAUUUCAGAGUGAUUCCACCAAUCGCAUUUGCCGUCGUCUAUUCAGCACUUUUGACAAAAACGAAUCGAAUUGCGAGAAUUUUGGCGGGAAGUAAGAAGAGGAUUCUGACGAAGAAACCACGUUUUCUGUCGACUUUUUCGCAGGUAAAAUAGGUUACGGGAAGUUGGGAUGUAAAAGAGGAAUCAAAUUUUCCUCCAUCAUCAUUUUUUUGCAGGUCGUAAUCACUUGGAUUCUCGUCGCAAUUCAAUGUGUCAUCGUAGCCGUUGGUGUAAUGCGUGAUUGGCCAUAUGCAAUAUUCGCUAAAUACGCUCUGCCAGCCAGACUUAUUCUAGAAUGUGACACCGAGACAAAAUCCUUUCUAAUUCCAUUUUUCUGGGAUUUCUUUCUCAUUUCCCUGUGCACUUUAUACGCUUUCAAAACUCGAAAUCUACCCGAAAACUUCAACGAAGCCAAAUUUAUUGGAUUCACAAUGUAUUGCACAGUGGUUGUUUGGAUCGCUUUUCUGGUUUUGCACAUGGGAACAACACACAAGGCACUGGUUAUGAGUUUUUCUUAUAGUUUAUCGGCUUCUGUCGCUUUGGCUCUAUUGUUUUUCCCAAAAUUAUAUAUAAUUAUUGUGCAUCCGGAGAAGAAUAUAAGAGCCAGUUAUACGACCACAAAAUUGAUUAGGUUGGUUUUUUUUUGGGAUAUUGUUGAUACCAAAUAUAGUUCCACGUGGCAAUAUUUGAGGGAUUGGAAAUUUGAGUCUAAAAUCAAUAAGCUUCUUUCUGUUCUUUAUUAAUUUUUGAAUUUUUGUAGUCUUCACUAUACGAAAUACAAAAAAAAAUGUUUUUUUAUUAAUUUUUCUCUGAACUUUUGGAAAGUGCAAGAAAAGAAAUUUGGGAUUUUUAAACGAAAAUAUUCGAAUAAUUGAGGUGGAAAAUCCAUAGCACUGAAACGGAAAAACGUGAAACUUUUGGCUUCAAAAAAUUUUACCACGUGGAUUUCCAGCUUCUAAACCUAGGCUUGUUUGCUCCCACAGAAUAGUCUAGAAUCCCAAAUUUUUUUCAGAUGUCACUUUGGAAAUUCACAAGCCGCAUACGACAGCACAUCAAAACAGGACAAACAUCUAGGCGGUUCAAAAACCACAGCCAGAACAUCAAUGCAAAGUGGAUCAGCGAGUAAAUCGAGUAGUAUGGGAGGAGGCGGGGGAGGAGUUACACGAACUGCUUCAGUUCAUGUUCCGGUACAAAGAGGAACAACUAGUGGAAUAACACAUUCGAGUAGCGAUGCAUCGACACAAACUGAACAAUCGAGCAAAUUUGCGAGGAGUUUUUCGAUUGUUGGAAGGAAAAAACAGGGUUUAGAUGAUGAUGUUCAACAAUUGGUUGAGGCUUGUAGAAGAUAUCAGGUAAGGGAUCGGGAAAGGCUCUCAGCCUUUGGCUUAGAUAUAUACCCAAAUUCAGGACGAAAAAAUCAACUCAUCUGGCGCCAAUCUUUUAUUAGAAGAAGCUGAAGAUGAGGUAGGAGCAAUGUUAGCCGAUUCAAUUGAGAAUAGCAUGAGAACUGUGUUGAGUACGGUAGCUGGCAAGACUGUACCAGCUACCGUAAUCUCGAAUACACCAUCGACUACUGUAGCGAAACCGAGUGAAGCUAAAGACAGUAAAAAACCGAAGAUUAUUCCACCGGAUGAUAAUUUUGAAGAGGUUAGUUUCAUUUUAAUUUUGGAACGGGGUUCGAUGUCUGCUGAGCCUAGGGCUCAAGCCUGGACUAUUUUUUUUCAGAAUCUUAAUCGAUAUUUUCAGAUCCUAUCCUAUCUCUGUCACAAUUAUUAUCUUACGGUUUUGCAUGCGUUUUUUUUCUCCUUUAUUAACCCCGCUUUUUUUUGAGUUUUGCUCUUAUCAUGAAAAAACGAACGCUUUUUCUUUUUUCCCUCCCUAAUUUUGGUUCUGGUUUUUUUUGUUUCUGCUCUAACUAACCUGCACCCACAGAGCAAAGCUUAUCACUGAGUUUUGGUUGAAAAUUGAGAGGCGGAGUCUUUUUUCUCCAGAAACAUCGGUUACUUAUUCAUGCGGGACGAGUUAGAUAUGAGUUUCUAAUUUUUUGUUCGGGAAAUCUGGCAGGUUAGGCAAUAUUGUGAGAUCAGGAUGAGAUUUGAACUUCUGACUAACUUGAGUCAACAUUGCCUAACUUGCCAGAUCUGAACAAUUGUGAUGUAUUGCGACAUCUUUGUUGAACCUGUUCAAAUUUUUUUCACACUCUGUGAUUUCAAAGCGCAGAAUUUUCAAAAUUCAACAAUGUUCUUCAGAAAAAGCCGAUUUCGAACCAAUUUCAGUGAAAAACCUCAAUUCCUAGCUUGUCCCACAUAUUAAUUUGUAAUCUCGCCACUCUAACCCAAAAAUCCAAAUUCCUCCCAAAACCCUCAAUUUUUCUAGCUACUUCGAAGUCGCGGAGUUCAACCCAUCGGAUUUUCGCAAGCCACACCACUAUAA